UUCAUGGGUUCAUUGUGAUCAGUCUGUAUUCAGAUACAGUGAAAAUGGCGACAGAACCUACAACACUUCCUGCGAUGUCAGCGAUCUUCUCCAGUACAGAUGAUUCAGUGAUCCGGAUUCUUCUGAUGGGCAGAAACGCUUCUGGGAAAAGCUCAUCUGGAAAUAAGAUACUGGGACAAAAGAGGUUUAAAGUUCACAUACAACAGAAAAAGAAUGAAGUUGAAGAUGAAUUUGGUGAAGUUUGUGAGGGCCAUACACAGAUCUGUGGGAAGCAGGUGCAUGUGAUUGAUUGUCCGGAUCUACUGGAUCCAAAUCUGAAUAAAGAGCAGCUGGAGAUGUUGAAAGAGCAGCUAGUCUCUCGAUGUUCAGAAGGUCUCAGUUCAGUUCUGCUCACUGUUCCUCUAGUGAAAAAUGUGGAAAAUGAAGAAGAGAUUUUGGCUUUUCUUCGAUAUUUACUAGGACCUCAUAUUCAGAAAUACAUCAUGAUUCUGUUCACACAUGAAGAUGAACUGGAGGAUCUGGAUGAAACCAUUGAUGAACAUUUAAAAAACCAUGAAGAUCUCCAGCAACUGGUGACUGAAUGUGGAAGAAGGUUUUACUGUUUCAAUAACAAGUGUAAAUCAGACAAUCAGAAACAAGAACUACUGCAGAAGAUUGAAGAAAUGAUAAUUGAGAACAGACGGAAAUUUACCAUGGAACAAAUGAAGAGGAGUGACAGCAAAGACACUUUUAUCAAUUUUGAACUGGAUAAUCCAGAUGGUUGA